AUGUGCAAAUUGAGGAACCUCCAAGAGUUGGAUCUGAGCAGAAACAGUUUCGAAGGGAAUCUUUCUUCAUGUCUCAGCAAUUUGGUAUCCCUUCGGCUCCUUGAACUUUCUGAGAAUAACUUUGCAGGAACCAUUCCCUCUACUCUCUUUCCUAGUCUCAAGUCAAUUGAGUAUGUUUCCCUUUCUUACAACCAUUUUGAAGGUGCAUUCUCAUUCAGCUUACUUGCAAACGACUCCAAACUUGAGGUCUUUGAGCUUGAUAGCCAUAACAACAAUUUGAAGGUAAAGACAGAAAAUCCACCUUGGAGACCUCUAUUUCAGUUGAAAAUCUUGCGCUUAUCCAAUUGCCAAGUCAACCUGCCCAGCUUUCUUUUAUAUCAAUAUGACUUGAGAGCAGUUAAUCUUAGCCACAACAGAUUGGUAGGAAAGAUUCCAACUUGGUUACUUGUGAAUAGUACAAGACUAGAAUUUCUUAGUCUUGCAAAUAAUCUGUUAAGCGGUCCUCUUGUGUUGAAUGCUGAUUCAAAAAAUCUUGAUAUGCUUUGGUUUGAUGUCUUUAUGAAUCGUAUCCAAGGUGUGGUCCCAUUCUUUAUUGGCUCCAUCCUUCCAAAUUUGCUGCUUCUGAACAUGUCUAAAAAUGAAUUUCAAGGUAGCAUUCCUCCCUCACUAGGUGAUAUGAGAAGUUUAGAUUUGCUAUCGAACAAUAAUUUGCAAGGCCAAUUACUUCCAGCAAAAUCCAAUCUCACGAGACUAGUUGCUUUGUUUCUGGAUAACAAUGGCUUCUCAGGAGAGAUAUCAAGUGGACUUCUGAACAACACCAACCUGGGAUUGCUGGAUUUAAGCAAUAACUCACUUUCUGGCCAUAUUUCUGCCUGGAUUGACACUUCCACUCUUUAUCGUCCCUUAUUAUGUCCAGAAAUUCUUUAG